AUGAGUUUAGAAGAAAUUGUAAGUUUCUUUGAAAUUCAAAUGGACGAUUUGUUUCAAGAAUGCAUUUCACUAAGAGAAACGGCGUCACAAUUUAAUGAACAAAAAUUCGACACGGUUUCGGUGCAUUCAACAAGUUUCCAUGUACUUGAAAAAAGGUUUGAGAUGGUUCAAAAUCGCCAUAUAGCACUAUACAAUGACCUAUCUAGCUUGAGACUGAUUUUGAAUAGAAUGUCGUCAAAUGACGUUUCAACCACUGACCACAAAUGGAACAAAAAUGUGUCCUGGGAGAUGCAGUCGCUGACCAGCGGCAACACUUGUAAUGAUGAAAAUUCAGAUGGUACUAGGAACAGCUAUCUGAAUGGAAGCUCAGAUAGUCUUCGAAGUCAAUUGAAUCGAUUUUCAAACGACAUUCAUAUACACCCUCUUCUAUUAAAUCAGGACGAGGAGCCCUCGCACAAUCAAAUUAUGCUAAUCAACUAUCGCACCCAGGAGGCACCAAGAAUAGAUCUAAAAUUAUCUGGCUAUCUGCAAAGUCGCUUAAACACUCAUUGUACAAAAUCUAAUGAAAACGACGCAUCCGACAUCAGCGAUUUAUACUCUGGCAAUGCUUUCGAUGGAUCAAUAUGCGAUGCAAAAAUAGACAAUGGCAUCACAAAAUCCCCUAUUCCCGAUUUGCAGAUGGAUCAAUCUCCCAAUACCGUGGCAGAACUAUAUGAACAACUAAUAACGAUUUCCCUGCCAAGGUUGCGUAGCUUCCAAAAGAAAUUCGGCAAAGUUCAGGUAAAUAAAAUUCCUAGCAUAAGAACUUUCCAAAGAAGAAAGGCACUACUGGUUGAAAUUAAUAAUUUUUCACUCAUACACAAUAGAACUAUUAUUGAUUCAAUAAAAUUUUUUGAGAAAUAUAGAUUAGAUCGAGAGAAAACAGUAGCUUGGUUGUACAGCAAUAUUGAUGAGUUACAAGGGCAUUUUUUCAUGAAAUAA